AUGGCGGAUCUCCCUCCUCCCGUCCAGGGACCGACCGCCAAAGAGAAGAAGUACGACCGUCAGCUACGCCUCUGGGGAGCUACGGGUCAGAUCGCGCUCGAAAAGUCGCACAUCCUCCUCAUCAACUCUGGCCCUGGCGUAGUUGGGCUGGAAACACUCAAGAACCUCGUCUUGCCCGGAGUCGGCAAUUUCACGAUACAGGAUUCCGCCAUAGUGAGCGAGGCAGAUCUGGGUGUCAACUUCUUCUUGGAGGAGCAACAUCUGGGAGGCUUUCGUGCGGAACAUACAUGCAACCUACUGAAGGAGCUUAACCCUGAUGUAGAGGGCCAGUAUGUCACAGAACCCAUCGAGUCAUGGCUAUUGCAGCCCGACGCUCUGCACCCAUACACGCUCAUCAUCGUAACCGCACCUAUCCGUACCGAGCUCCUCACCAAACUCUCCGACCACGCAAGCGCCGCGCUGACCCCACUCUUCUACGUUCACUCGGUCGGCUUCUACUCACACUUCUCCGUACACCUACCUCCCGCGUUCCCGGUUGUAGACACACAUCCAAGCCCUGAAACAACGUCAGAUCUUCGACUACUUCACCCAUGGCCGGAGCUGCUACAGUACGCCGAAGAGAAGACGGCCAAUCUAGACAGCAUGAAGGCAGACGAUCACGGACAUGUUCCCUGGAUAGCCCUGCUGUUGCACCAUCUUGAGCAGUGGAAGAAGGAGCAUAAUGGAGAGGUACCGCAGAGCUACAAGGAGAAGACUGAGUUCAGGACUACCGUGUCGCAAGCGGCGCGGACUGACAACCCCGAAGGUGGUGAGGAGAACUUCGAAGAGGCAGUAGCGGCAGUGCUGAAGUCGCUCAACCCGCCACAACCAAGCAGCGCCGUCAAGGAGAUAUUUACCGCCCCCGAGUGUCUUCUCGUGCGUGAAGACUCACCUACCUUCUGGGUCAUCGCGAAUGCCAUCGGCCUAUUCUACACCAAGUACAAUGUUCUUCCUGUACCUGGAUCUGUACCGGAUAUGAAGGCGCGUUCAGCCGACUACAUUCAACUGCAAAACGUUUACAAGUCGAAAGCGCGGAAAGAUUUGGCAGAAGUGGUAGACAGCGUACGCUUUCUGGAGCGCAAUGCGAACCGGAGUAACGCUAUUGACGAGAAGGACAUUGAAGCAUUCUGCAAGAACGCAGCGCAUAUCAAGCUGGUGCGUGGCCGGCCAUUGCAUGUUGUACAGGCGGGCGAAAAGGUCAAAUGGGGCGACCGGGCAAAAUCCAUCGCUCAAACGCUCACCUUUCCCGACUCUUUGAUUCCCUUGUAUAUUGCUUUCCUGGCUUGGGACGAGUUCGUCGCCACACAUGCCAAGGAUGGCUUAGGCGGCGCGCCCCAGGUUCCCGGUGAGACUGAUCCAGACAAAGACUCAGAAAAGCUCACUGGUAUUGCUUUUAAGAUCGCAGACGAUCUGGUCAAAGAGGCAAGUGCUUCGAUCGAUGAGGACGAUUACGCCACCAUCAAGACUCAGAUCGGGAAUUUCACAAGAGAGCUCGUCCGAGCUGGUGGCGCUGAACUACACAACAUUGGUGCAUUGACUGGUGGCAUCGUCUCGCAAGAGGUCAUCAAGGUCAUUACGGAACAGUACGUUCCUGUCGAUAACACAUGCAUCUUCGACGGGAUCAAGAGCAGAAGCACCGUCAUCAAGGUAUAG